UCAACUUAAGUUAUCCAUAACAGCUUUAGUUAAAUGCUAUACCGUAAAGAUUUUAACAGUAAAGUACAUUCCUCUGUAUUGCUCUCAGGUACAGCUGAAGGUGAACAGCCUGGAUCAGAUUUCUGGAAACGCUCCAUGUUUAAGGACGGAGUGAAGAGAGGAAGACAAUCACCAGAUGGUUGUAUUGCUACUAGUCUGGGAUAUAAACUGCUGAAAACUAUGGAGCAAAACACCAAUAUGCUUCAUGCACAACUUGAUGCUCAAAUCGACAACCGUCAACUGGACAGGGAGCAGCAGAAGGAACACACUGAUAGCUUAAUUGUUGCUCUUAACAAGGUUGCUGAUGCACUAGCAAGAGUUGCUGAUAAGAUGUGA